AAACGAGUCUUGUAUAUAAAGGAAAAUAUAAAAACUUGAUUAUUGCAUGUAAAACAGGUCGAAUACAAUGUUUAAAGGAGAAUGAAAAGAAAGUCAAACAUGAACUUGAAUUUUCUAAUAAGCUAUAUACCUGUCGAUUUACAAACAGGUACAUCGGUUGAAUAUACUGUCAUCCAAAUGAAAUAAUGAGCAAGGACACCAUGAAAAAAUAUACUCGCUCCAAAUUCAAGCCAUUACCUACAAUCUUUGUCAUCCAACGACACUUCUCUAAUAGAGAUGGUAGAACUUACUUUCAUAAUAGAGGUAAAAAUAAAGUAACAAAAGAGAAUGUAACUUACUCUUUACUAGGAACAAACAUACAUCCAUAUGAGAUACUUCAAAUAGGCAUCUGCUUGUUUUCUGCUUUAGUAGAUGCGCAUAAACUUGGUAUAGGCUUUGUCGAUCUAAAACUUGAAAAUCUAUUGAUUGACUCAGCAGGAUCUGCUUAUCUUUCAGAUUUUGAAUCGUGCAUCGAAUUCAAUGGUCGUGAAAAUGUACAUUUAACUGAAGAUGUUAGCUGGACAGAUAGCGUGGCAGCACCAGAGAUGAUUGAAUAUGGUAUCUUUUCUAAAGCAUCGGAUGUAUUCAUGGCCAUGGUGAUAAUUGCAGAAUUGACGUCGGUGAAUAAACCAGAUGAACUAUUUGAAAAGAAUGUUUUGCAGAGACAAAGUAGUGGACAUGUUGCAGUUGUCACCAAAUAUAUACCAAGACGAUAUAAACAAUUUUACCCUUUAUUAAGAGCAGGUUUAAAGAAUGAUGCGGCUCUAAGGCCGACAGCAAAGGAUGUAUUAGAGUGUUUAUUAAAUAUGAAGGCAGAAUAAUUUUAUUUUAUAAUAAACGCUUUCUUGUCACUAUUUCAAACCACAUCUUCCAAUCGCAUAAAAAUGACCAAAGAGGAUAACGGAAGGUAGCAGGUUUGCUAUAAAAUGGAUCAAUGACCUUUUCUUUUUCAUUGUUUUUUAUAUCCUUACUUCUUUUCAAAUACAAAAUGUCCAAUCCAAGCAAA